CCGUUAUAUAUUGCGCGAACUUUAAUUUCGAAGAAUAUGUACAGUUACUUUAUUAUUUUACGCAAUUCGCCCAAUACAAUUAAUCACAGAAAUGGAGCAAAGUAAGCAAAAUAAAUGUAAAGUCAGCUCCUCAACAGUCAAAUAUUUUACUUUAGUUGCCAGAUUAUAAAUUUUAUUACAGAAUUAUCUAAACAUAGCAUUGGAUAAGACUCGGUCAAUCGUAAUACCGCCUUCUCAAUGACGUGCAGUACUAACAGGGGGCCUGACAGACCGAUUCGAUACGGGAAUAUCAUUUGUGCAUGUGAAGUAUACAAAGUAUAGGGAGUUGACGUGACUCACUAGUCAGUAAAACACGAACUGGAACGGUCGGUUUUGCGAUUGUUUGCACCUGACCACUGAUUUCAAUUGAUUUCCGUUAUGAUAUAUAAUCAAUUAAUUCCUGAAAGUGCUCAUGUUGCAAGUGAUGAAAUAAAGUGAAAGUUUUGAGUGUUUAUUUAACCUGUUUCCUAAAUGCCAGUUAUAUUUUUACGAUAAGUGAACAAUCAGUUUUUAUUAUCUUAUCAAAAUCAAGGCUUAAGUAGAAGUUUUGUAAUCUAAUUGAACCUACGGUAACCUAUCACGAUGGCUGCGUACCUGAAUAACCAACAGCAGGUCCAAAUUCCCAUGGACAUGCAUCAUGAAAAUAUUCCUCUUCAACGGAUGAAUACUCGGGAGGAAGCUACUGAAAGACAACGGAUACGCGAUAUAUUUGACAAGUAUGAUAAACAUAACACGGGAUUAUUAUCAGUGCAAGAGCUUAAACGAAUGAUAAAUCAUCGACGGUGUCCAGAUCUCCCAAAAGGUUUCGUGAAAAAUCUAAUGAAAACAGCUGAUCUGAACAACGAUGGUCACUUGGACUUCGAAGAGUUCUACCAAAUGUCACGGGAACACCAUUAUCUUUUCCGAGAUAUGUGCGUUUGGUACUGUCGAAUGGUGGUUCCAAACCGCAAUCCUGCUAUAGCUGACGAGCCCGAUGGCGAAUACGAGCGAAGUAUGACUUUCUGGCCACCUCCCUUAACCAUGAUAGUAUUUUCAAUUGUGGAGAUUAUAUUCUUCGUAAUAGAUAUAGUUAAAACUAAUAAGUGUGUAUCAUAUACUGUUCCAACCAAACCAUCUUCAUCGAAUAAUUUGUCGAUUUUAUGUUUCAGUCAGUUGGGAACUAGUACCAAUGGACCAAUGGCAACACUCUUUAUUUACAAUCCCCAACUGCGGGAACAGGCAUGGCGAUUUGUGACCUACAUGUUCGUUCACAUUGGAUUUAUGCACAUUGUUAUGAAUCUAUUGGUUCAAAUAUUUCUUGGAGUGGCCCUGGAACUUGUUCAUUGUUGGUGGCGAGUAGCGCUAGUCUAUCUGGCCGGUGUUUUGGCUGGGUCUAUGGGAACAUCUAUUUUUUCCCCCAGGGUAUUCCUGGCCGGAGCAUCUGGAGGAGUCUACGCACUUAUUACUGCUCAUAUCGCUACUAUCAUAAUGAAUUGGCGCCAAAUGGAAUACGCUAUUGUUCAACUGUUUGUUUUUGUUGUGUUCUGUGUGACUGAUCUGAGCGUUUCAAUCUACAACAGCAUUUAUGAUCCUUUCGAUAAGGUCGGUUAUAUUGCGCACGCCAGUGGUGCUUUAGCUGGAUUUCUUGUUGGCAUAGGAGUCCUCCGUAAUCUAAAGGUUAACGCGUGGGAAAGAAAGUUAUGGUGGUUCGCUGUAACGAUCUAUUUUAUGCUAAUGAGUGCUGGAAUUCUUUUUCACAUAUUCAAUCCAAAUCAUUUCUAUCCCGUCUUUGCAUAGUCAUUGUACAAAUUUUGAAAGGCAUGACUGCGAAUGCUACUUGCACAAUCUACAUUUCGUGUAUGACUGAGACAGCUUACAAUGCAAAAAAGGUGCCUUUCGUAUGUAGUCUAUAAACAAUGGACUACACUCUUCUUAAUUUAUAUAAGGAAACUCGAACCACAAAGUUCACUUCGCACAACGUCAAUUUGCAAUCUACUAGAUAGAAAUAUUUUAUUUAAUGAAGCCUAGCUUUAAAUAUUCCAUUUUAAUAUUGUGACAGAUUUAAGGUUAAAUAAAUAAAUCACUAUUGUGUAUUAGUGUUGA